AUGACAAGUAGUGAUCUACCCUCCGUUACUACUAAAGCUGGUAGUAGUUCCAAAUCUAGUUCAAAAAGUACUGGAUUACCAACAUUAUCAACAAGUUCAUCUUCACAAAUCUCAACUCCAACUAUAACACCACCUUCAGCUGAUGAUAAUCCAAAUAUAUGGAAAUCAUCUGUUCCAUCAGGUACUGUUUUCAUAGCGGUUGGUGCAAUUGCUGGAUUUAUAUUCUUAAGUUUUAUGACUUUAAUAUUUAUUAAAAAAUUAAUGGCCAAGAAAUAUGCUAAAAAGACACUGUUUAUUGAUAAUGAAUCUUCUUCAAGUUUUGGUGGUUCAGGUUCAGAAAAAUAUUCAAAUAAUAAUAAUAAUGGAGGUUUUUAUAAUACUCAACAAAAUCAAUCUGCUGUUAAAAUACCACUGUUAUAUGAUCAAACUAAAAUUGGUUCAGUUGAUAAUAUUCCAGAUACAAGUAUGACAAAUGAACAAAAUUUAUUUUCAACUUUAGAUACUGAACAAAAUAAAAGAAAAUCAAUGUUUAUUUCUCCAACUGCUGAAGUUAUGAAUUAUAAUAAAAAUUCAAGAUUUUUAGGAGCAAAUCAAGGUGGUCCAGCUCCUUCAAUUAGUUAUAGUCAUACAAGAGAAAAUAGUUCAAUUAUUGGUUCAUUACCAGAUUUAAGACAUACAAGGCAAAAUAGUUAUGAUCCAAGUGAAACUAGUAGUUCUACUCCAAAUAGAAGUCCUCAUAGAGGUGCUAAUAGAGCACAAAGAACAAUUCCAAGUGCUUAUCUUGAAUCUAUGUUUGAAGAUUGA